GCUAAGGUAAUAGUGUGCGUGUCAUUUCUACACUUCCAUUUUUUAUUAGGCUGACAGCGCAUCAUUCACAAAACCGGCUUCAAAACGUAAACAACAGCAUCAGGACAGUGUUAUAAAUCGAUAUAUGAUAUAGUUUACAGGGUAUUACUGAAAUAAAAAGAUAGGAAGUCAAAAACAUCAUGUCUUCACCGGGGAACGAAGCGCGUCUAGUUGAAGGAAACCGGGAUGAACUGUUGUUUUGUUUAGGCCGGAUCCCGGCUUGUAUAGAUGUGCGAGCAGUUUCGCGUUUUGAAGAGGGACAACUAGCCACGGCAUCUGCUUCAUCAACGGUGUCGGCUGCAUUCGGUGGUAGUGUUGCUCUUGUGACACGGCCAACCGGAACAGAGCAACCCAACGAUGGACAACAGCCGAGUACGGCUGCAAGUCCAACGGUGCAAGCGACUGCUGGUGGUUGUGAUACGGUUGUGACACUGCCGUUUGAAAUCGUCCGACGCCUUGGUGAGCAGCAACCGACUUCAGUAGCAUAUUCGCCGUUGCAAGUAGCUGCUGGUGGUGGCGUUACUGUUGUGACACUGCCGUCCGGAACUGUUCGACGCAUUGGGAACCAGCGGCCGAGUUCAGCUGCCCAUUCGUCGUUGCAAGCGGUUGCCGGUGGUAGUGUUGUUGUUGGUGCACGGCCGCCCGGAAUCGCUCGACACAUCGGUGAUCUGCAGCCGAGUUCAGCUGCCCAUUCGUCGUUGCAAGCGGUUGCCGGUGGUAGUUUUGUUGUUGGUGCACGGCCGCCCGGUACCGUUCGACGCAUCGACGGACUACAGCCGAGUUCAGUUGCACGUUCAUCGGUGCAAGCGGCUUCUGGUGGUGGUGUUGCUACUGUGAUGCGGCCGCCCGGUAUCGCUCGGCGCAACGACGGACUACAGCCGAGUUCAGCUGCACGUUCAACGGUGCAAGCGGCUUCUGGUGGUGGUGUUGCUGUUGUGACACUGCCGUCCGGAACUGUUCGACGCAUUGGGAACCAGCAGCCGAGUUCAGCUGCCCAUUCGUCGUUGUAA